AUGGGAUCUAAAGAGAACGAAGAAGAUUCGUCUUCCUCUGAGGGAGAUCCAGAGGAUUUGGACAGCGUAAAGGCUCUCACUCAGAAGCUGAAGUUGCAGACUCGCAGACCAUCCUAUCUGGAGUGGCAGGAGCGCGUACAGAGCAGACCAUGGAAGGACAGCUCAGCCGCUGAUAGCUCGGAGGAACAAGUCCCGUCUGUGCCCACAAUUUUAAGAGAUGAGAAUUCAGAACUAGUUGUGCGAAACAUUUGUGGAUUUGAUACAAUUGAUGAUGCUUUGGAGUUUUUGAGAAAAGAGCUGAGAGAGAUGCAGCUGCAGGACAACCGCCUGGCCCGACAGCUGAUCGGUCUGCGCAGUGAGAUCCACCGCCUCAAAGUGGAGCAGGUGUGUAAGCGGCACAAGGAGAUGCUGGAGGACGCCACGCUUGAGCUGGAGGAGUGCGGCGAGGAGUCUGACCUGCUGUGUGACAUCCCCAUGAAGGCCGCCUUCGCCCUGUCUACCCCCCUCAAGCACAUUGGCCUCACCAAGAUGAACAUCAACUCCAGGCGUUUCUCCCUGUGCUAA